AUGGUUCAGGACGACAUCAAGAACAAGGGUCUCGCCGAGUCCGAUGUCUCGUCGGAUGAGUCCGACUGGGAGGACGCCGAGCCCGAAGAGGAGGAGACUGUAACUUUCAUCUCACUGCUAGAUGACUCCAUUUUCCCCAACAUGAACGCCAUGCUGCAGCACUGUCGCGAGAAGCACAACUUUGACCUCCUCGCCGUUCGUCGCCGUCUCGGCCUCGACUUUUUUGGCACCGUCAAGCUUGUCAACUUUAUUCGCCAACGCAGUCAUGACGGCGCUGCCCUGCCCGAGGUCAUAUCCGCAGAGGAUAUUGCCGAUGAUCGGUUCAUGAAGCCUGUCAUUGAUGAUGAUGCCUUAAUCAUGGCUCUCACCGAGCUGAACUUGGACGAUGAAUCGUCAGGGAACACUCAGCAGGCCACUUUGUCGUCUUCUGCGCGGGAAACUCAACUCGAGGAGGAAUUAGAGAAGCUCAAGUCGCAGUUCGCCAGCUACCGUUCUGCUGUCGAGCAGACCCUUGACCAGCGGUGGGGAGAUGACGCUGCCGUUACCACCCAGAGCGAGAAGUCCCGUGACGUCGACGAUAAGGGGGCUCGGAAGGAUGAGUCUCAGUACUACUGGGAGUCUUACGCCGCCAACGACAUCCACGAGACCAUGCUUAAAGACAAGGUCCGAACGGACUCCUACCGUGACUUUGUCUAUAACAACAAGUCUCUUUUUAAGGACAAGAUCGUCCUUGACAUUGGCUGUGGAACUGGUAUUCUGAGUAUGUUUUGCGCCAAGGCCGGCGCGAAGCAGGUGUUUGCCGUUGACAAAUCGGACAUCAUUGACAAGGCCCGGGAGAAUGUCUUUACCAACGGGCUCGCCGACAAGGUCACCUGCAUCAGGGGCAGGGUUGAGGACAUUAGCCUCCCCGUCGACCAGGUUGACAUUAUCAUUAGCGAGUGGAUGGGCUACUGCCUGCUUUACGAGGCCAUGAUGAAUAGCGUCCUUGUCGCCAGGGACCGCUUCUUGAAGCCCAACGGCCUCAUCGCGCCGAGCAUCUCAACCAUAUGGACGGCCCCCGUCUCGGAUCCUGAGUACAUCACCGACUUCGUCACCUUCUGGGAUGACGUCUACGGCUUCGAUAUGAAAUCGAUGAAGGCCGGCAUCUAUGACGAGGCUCGCAUCGAGAUCAUGCCCGAGGACUGUAUCUGCGGCACUCCCUCGCAAAUCUCAUACAUUGACCUGCACACCGUCAAGAUCGAGGACCUCGACUUCGAGGCCCAGUGGAAGUCGACGCUAUCCAAGGAUAUCCCAUCGAUGGACGGCUUCCUGAUCUGGUUCGACAUAUUCUUCACUACUUCUCGCAAGGAUGCGAUCCCGGCAGGCCUUCAGGUCAAGGCCGGCGAGACGAGCGUGACCCGGCCCGGCGAGGUGGCUUUCACCACUGGGCCAUCAGGUCCCGACACCCACUGGAAGCAGGGCUUCCUGAUGAGCAAGUAUCUGGAAGAAAACAUUGGUGCCAAGGCUGGAGAUGAGGUUUCCGGCCGCAUUGUCUUCAAAGCGCCCGAAAACAACCCCCGCGCGCUGACCAUAAGCAACACGUGGACUACGCCCGCCCAGGAGACGAAGACACAGCUGUGGAAGCUGAGAUAA